CUUGUGCAUUUUGCUUACUGAUACUUCCAUCUAGUAUUUUAUUAUAAAUCGUAUUUAAAAUGUGUGAUACUCCUGAUAGUGAGAGUGAUGUGCCGAUGCAAGAAAUAAAAGAUGUUAGCAGUGUUAGUACGCCUAAAAAAAACUAUAAAGUGCGGAUUAUGCGCAGAAAUACAAAAGAGACUGGGAAAAAGAGCGGAAGUGGCUCCAGUCAAGUAAGAAAGGUCCAACUUACGCGUGGUGCAAAUUCUGCAGUUGCGAUAUCCUUAUUGCGAGGGGCAAAGGAGAAAUUAAAAAGCACACCACCACUGCCAAACAUAUAAAGUCAAUAUCAACCAUCAAAUCGCAACCAUCUGUGGCGUCAAUGUUUGGCAAAAAAUCCAAAAAUAUCGACGAAAAGGCAAAAGAGAGUGUUUUGCGUCUUGCUGGUUUUAUAGCGGAGCAUAGCUUGCCA